AUGUCAUCUCAACGGCAAAUGCAGCAGCAGAUGCAACAGCAAAAUAUGAUAAUGGCACGUCAACGGCAAAUGCAAAUGAUGGUGAUGCAACAAAGAGCCGCCAACAGCAACACAGCUCCACGGCAACAAAUGCAAGCGCAAUCACAAACAAUGGGUUCAACAUAUGACGAUCUUCCAAUCAAUAGCCCUAGUGAUAUUGAAUUUACCAGUGGACAUCCUACAUUUUUUGGUCAACCCCCUGCCUUUUUCGGUCCUUUUGCAUCUGCCUGCCGACGCGGUCCACUCUCUAUCGUUCAGUCUACUAUAUCUGAGGAACAACUUACGCCGGCAUUCCUUCACCAUGGCCUGACGCUUGCACUCAGCGCCGGUAAUAUUAAAGUUGCAAGUUAUCUCCUCUCUAAUGGGGCACCAAUUGUUCGUGAAACUCCGCGCAGUGUCUUAUCGGCCCCUCCGGACCAACAAAUCGGUCUUUUCGAACUUCUCCUUCGCCAUGGCUGGACUCCGAAUACCCCAGGCUUCUAUGGUACUACCUUGCUCCCUAGAGUUGUUAUGAACCUCCCUCUUCUCGGCUGGUUCCUCGAUCAUGGAGCUGAUCCCAACCUUGGCGCACAGCGCGACAACCGUGACCGCCGCGGUGGACCCGACACGAAUUCAUGUGUCACCCUUGAAGUAGCUGCAGCGGAUGGCCCCGUGGAAGCUGUGGAUUUGAUUCUCAGGGCAGGAGUGCGGAUUGAGAAUGGGUUGCCAUUACAUUAUGCUGCGGGGGUAUGUCCUCCAGGUCAAAACCCACAUGCUAUGCGAGUGGAACCAAGUUUUGAUUUCGAUACGGACAGAAUUCCAGUGAUGGCUCUGCUGGUAGAGCAUGGCGCGGAUAUAAAUAAGAAAGAGGAGUCACGACAUAUGACGCCGCAGUAUGCAAUUGUGAAUGCAGUCAUGGCAGGAGCAGUUGAGCGGGUGAGAUGGCUGUUGGAACAUGGGGCAGAUCCAAAUGUAAGAGGCGCGUAUGGUAGUGCAAUCGAGCGUGCACGUGAUAUUGGAAAUGAAAUUAUGAUCAGUAUGAUUGAGGGGUUUGUUGAGCGAAGUUAA